GGGGCUUUUUUUUUUUUAUAGGCUGGAGCGGUUCAUCGACCAGCGCUACACUGCAGGUCGCGGCAGGACAGAGGAACAGCGGGCUGCCAGCGAGAGAUUGAAUCCAGCAGUCACAAUGGCAGACAGGGGGAAGACUAAUGAGAGUGGAGCUGCAGCAGCAGAACCAGCUAAUGGAGACCAGCAGAAUGUUGUUUCCAGAGUGACCAACUUGCCCUUGGUCAGUUCAGCUUGUGAGGUGGUUUCCAGCGCCUACAGUAGCACCAAAGAUAACGUGCCCUUGCUGAAGGGAGUGAUGAAUGCAGCAGAAAGUGGGGCCCGAACCCUGGGAGCAGCUGCAGCCACCAGGUCCAAGCCUCUUUUGGACAUUAUAGAACCACAGCUUGCCACAGUAAAUGAGUAUGCCUUGAAAGGACUGGAAAAGAUGGAAGAGAAGCUGCCCAUUCUUCACCAACCAGCAGACAAGGUGGUGUCGAACACAGUAGACAUGGUGUACCAGUCGGUGGCGGGCACCAAAGAUGCUGUGGUGGGGGCUGUGAUGGGUGGUGUCGAGCUGACCCGGGCAGCAGUCAGCGGAGGCAUCAGCACCAUCAUGGGCACCAGAAUGGGCCAGAUGGUCAGCAGUGGGAUGGGCCUGGCCCUCAGCCGAUCCGAGUACUGGGUUGACCAGAACCUACCACUCACUGAGAAGGAGCUGGCUGCUGUGGCUGAACCUGCCACCAGUGAGGUGGCUACCCCGUCGGACAGCCCCAGCUACUUUGUCCGCUUGGGGAAACUCUCUGCCAAGGUUCAGGAGCGAGCCCUACAGCAGUCCCUCGUCCGUGCAAGGCAUGCCAGGGAUGCCACCUAUGCUGCAGUGGCUCAGAUUACCAGUACUCUGGACCUACUAGAGAGUGCCCGUACCGGCCUGGGUACUGCCAGUAACCAGAUAGGAGGAGCCUCAGAGCAGCUCCUGCAGCGCUGGACAGAGUGGAAGCAGAAGCAGGCUGGAGGUGGACAGACUGAGUCGGAGCCAGAUGGGAGCAAAGAUGAAUCUGAGCAGCUAGAAUGGCAGGCCCUCUCCAUGGUGCGUGGCCUGAGUGACCAGCUGCGCUCAGCGUGCUCGAAUGUGGUUUCAAGUGCUCAAGGUCUGCCAGGUGCAGUCCAGGACCAGCUGACCAAUGCGAGGCGAUCAGCUGAAGAACUGCACUCCUCUCUCGGGAGCACCAGCGCUCUCACACCCCUCCUUCUGGAACGGAGCCGUCACCACCUGACCCAAGUUCAGCAGUCUCUGGAUGGUGUCAUGGAGUAUCUACUAAACAACACACCUCUCAACUGGCUGGUGGGACCCUUUGCUCCUCAGAUCACUGAAAAGGCUGAGGAAGACGAAGUGAUGAAGCAGGCUGCUGUCCCAAAAAACUAAUGUCAAGACUUUGUUAUGUUUCUCCAUGAGUUAAAAAUCAGUGUGGUGACAGAAGACUGUGGUUUACUGUAGAUGGACCAUUUAAAAAAAAAAAAAAAAUUAAAAUUAAUCUGCUUGCUUUAAUGAAAGA